GCACCAAAAUUGUGUGAACAACAAACAACUCUACUAUAUUUAACCCACCCUCUUUUAGACCAAUGACUAUCCCAUUUUCCCAUUGCAAGUAAAAAACUGAUGCUUUUCUAUUCUACAUGUUCUUUGCACCUCUAGAAUUCUAAAACAUCAUUAAAGACUCAGUUACAUGCUUGUUUGAACUUACAAAACUCUGUUCUUUGAGAGUGAAUGUGAAAGUUGAUCAUGAAAGCCUUGUUGGAAGAGCAACUACCUCAUCACAAUUCAAACAAUGCAUCAACUUGUGACCAGUCUAAAGAUGAUCAAGAAAUGGGCUCUAGUGCCAUGUCAAAGAGUGGAAAUGUCUUCAGCAACUCAGGCUUUAGCUGCUUUCCACGAGGAAUGGAUCUAAAUCUUGGACGUGUGGCUUUAGCAGAGAUGGUAGGGACUUUCAUUUUGAUGUUUUCAGUAUGUGGGAUCAUAGCAUGCACCCAGCUGUUGAAAGGCGAAGUGGGUCUCCUGGAGUAUGCAGCCACAGCAGGAUUGACAGUGGUGGUUGUGAUUUUCUCAAUAGGGCCUAUCUCUUGUGCGCAUGUUAAUCCUGCUAUCACAAUUGCUUUUGCAAGCUUUGGUCAUUUUCCAUGGUCCAAGGUUCCACUCUAUAUAAUAGCACAAAUAUUGGGUUCUGUAUUGGCAACAUAUGUUGGACAGUCAGUUUAUGGUUUAAAACCAGAAAUUAUGAUCACCAGGCCACUACAAGGUUGCAAUUCUGCCUUCUGGGUGGAGCUCAUUGCAAGUUUUAUAAUCAUGUUCCUAGCUGCAUCAUUGACAUACCAAGCACAAUCUGUAGGCCACUUGUCUGGCUUUGCUGUUGGAAUAGCCAUUGCACUAGCUGUGUUAAUCACAGGGCCAGUUUCAGGAGGAUCAAUGAAUCCUGCAAGGUCAUUAGGGCCUGCAAUCAUUUCAUGGAAGUUCAAUGACUUAUGGAUAUAUGUAACUGCCCCAGUCAUUGGAGCUGUUACAGGUGCUCUACUGUUUCGUGUUCUGCGUCUUCAAUGCCAGCCAUGUAGUUCAAUGCCUAACCCAUCUAGUUAAACAUUCCAUGGACUUUGGUUCAAAUUAGUGCACAAGAAAAAUGUAUUUGAUUAGACAUCUUUUAUGGAUGCUUAUAACCAAACUAAUGCAGGAGCAGAAGAUUCAGUUGCAACCACAUUUUGAAGUUCUUUGACUUAUUUUUUUACAUUUUUUUUCUUAUUUUCUGUGGGGAAUGGGCUCAAUAAGACAGAGUUGAACCCUUGUAUGUGUUGAGAAUAACAGCUUCUUCUAGUUUCUUGAAAAUGCAACAUGCUUUAAUGCUUCAAAAUACAGUAAAUAUAAUGAAGUAAAUAAGCAUUGAUAAAA